AUGGCAGCUCGUUGCCGUGUUCGAAAUCGUAGGGACUUGAAUGCGAGAAAUGAUGAGGGCGGAUGCACCGUAGAGCAGUUUAACCGGAUGCACCCUCCCACUUUUGAUAGGCGUGGUGGCCCAACCUUCGCUAAGGACUCGAUCCAGGACAUUGAAGAGAUACUUUGUGUCUUGAAUUCCUCGUUAGAGGGAAAUGAGCUCGAGGACAAAAAUACAAAACCUGGUCAGCCCAUUUUUUAUCUAAGCUGCGUAGUUGGUACCACACACAAUUUCUCUUCAGCCAAUAAACUUGGAGGUGGUUUUGGCCCUGUUUUUAAGGGUCAAUUACCUAAUGGACAACACAUAGCUGUAAAAAGGUUAUCCAAGAGUUCAGGAAAAGGAAUAAAAGAAUUCAAAAUGAUUGCGAAACUUCAACACAGAAAUCUUGUCAAACUGAUAGGCUAUUGCAUUCAGGAGGAAGAAAUUAUGCUGAUUUACGAGUACAAGUCCAACAAAAGCUUGAACUUCUUUAUUUUUGGUAAAAUUGUUAUUGAUCCUACAAGAAGUUCAUCUCUAAAUUGGAGCAAAUGGUUUGAAAUAAUCAUUGGGAUUGCUCGUGGGAUUUUGUAUCUUCAUCACAACUCGAGGUUGAGAAUUAUCCACAUGGAUCUUAAAAUAAGCAAUAUUCUACUUGAUGAUGAGAUGAACUCCAAAAUUUCAGAUUUCGGUGUGGCUCGCAUAUUCAAGGGGGACCAAAUUCAAGACAGGACAAACAGAGAUGUUGAAACAUAUGGUUAUAUGUCACCAGAGUAUGCAGUAUUUCGAAUGUUUUUGACAAAAUCAUAUGUCUUUAGUUUUGUUGUAAUAUUAUUAGAGAUCGUAAGUGGCAAGAAGAAUAGUGGUUCUUAUAUGGAGCACCCUUCCCUAAGUUUGAUAGGGCAUGUCUGGGAACUAUGGAGAGAAGAUAGAGCAUUGGACAUAGUUGAUGCAUCCAUAAAUGAGUCAUAUGUUCCCCUUGAAGUCUUGAGAAGCAUUCAAAUUGGGCUAUUAUGUGUGCAAGAAGAUGUUAGAGAUCGACCAGAUAUGUUGGAUGUUUUGCUUAUGCUGGGUACUGAUGUAACCACUCUUCAUUCUCCCAAACAACCUGCUUUCAUUUUCAGAUCAACAGCUUCCAAUGAUUUAAAAUCAGUUGCGGAAGGACCUUGUUCUAUAAAUAAAGUGACAUUAACCAAUGUCGAACCUCGCUAA